AAACAACACAACUUCAGUUCCCUGUGAAGAGCGAUGGUGUGUGCGCUUCUUAUCGCCGCCAGUGCUGUGAUCUCUCUCUGAUAAGGUGAUGAUGAUCUGUCGACGCGACUGUGCGAUGGUGAAAACAGUGCUUUUCUCUGUGCUCUCUUGCAUUUUCAUGAGUUGUUGGGCGGUUGAUUGGUGCCAAAUGGAGGAGAAGUACUGCUAUGGUCGAGAACAUAUCGCCUGUGAGCCGAACAGCUUCCCAAUCGGCGGGGAUUCCAGUGAGAUCGAGAUCAUUCCGAUGCGCGGAGAGCUGAUGGCGGUGGCUGUUGACACCCACAAUCGGCACAGAAGCAACGUGGCGGCGGGAAGAGUGGCUGGAAUUCCCAUGGCGACGAAGAUGGAGAAGAUGGUCUGGAAUGAUGAUCUCGCCUUUGUGGCGGAACAGCAUGUGAAGCAUGGCAAUUUCCAGCACGAUCAGUGUCGCUCUUUCGCCCAAUUUCCCCUUUCCGGACAGAAUCUCGCCAUCAUCUACUCAUCGAUUCCCAUCACAAACAACACGGCGACACUUCAGGAGCACAUUGAUCUCUUCUUCGGCGAAGUGUCCAUCGUGAGGGAUCAGCAGAUGUUGUCCUGCAUUGACGACUUCACCAUCAACAAUCCACCCUGCAUCGACGCCGGACACUUUACUGUCCUCGUGAAGGACAUCAACAACGCCUUGGGCUGCGCAAUGGCCAAAUUCCGGGCUCUUUACGGCGGAAGGUGGCUCCACACUGUGCUCACGACGUGCAACUACGGACACACCAAUCUCAUUUCCCAUCCAAUCUAUGCCACAGGAACUCCGUGUUCGGCGUGCGCUUCCAUUGGGAAAUCCUGCGAAAACGCCACGAAAUUGUGUGUUUAGCAGCGAUUGGAGAAAGGAAACUCAUGUCAUGCAAUAAAUGCCUUUGAAGCGGUGAAAA